CGUUCUUCUUCUUCAUCCUUCACCCUUCUCCCAACUUUCCUUCAAAACCCUAAAUCCCUAAAUUCCAUCCAUAUGUUCUUCUUCUGCAACCUUCUCCCAAAUUGGACAUACUCCGUAAUUCUUCAAAUCAUAUGUUCUUCUAUCUUCUUCCACUUUCGAUUUUUGUUUACUCUCUCUGCGAACCUGCGAACAGAUGAACAUGACUUCGACCUCUUCGGCGCCAACGAAAUCAUAUUCUCAAGGUUGGUGAAGACAAUGAGAUCGAUAAAUAUGGACGAAAGAUGAAGCUGCUCAAGAUCAUCUAUGGUACAAAGCACAAUGAUUCCAUGUUGUAGCCUCCUUUGACAGGGGUUUGUUUCGACUGUAAGACAUAUGCGCUCAUUCGUUCCUGCCAUUUAUGACAUAACAGUGGCUGACCCUAAAAGUACUCCUGCUCCUACAAUGCUAAGACUCUUAAAUAGGAAACCUUCUGUGAAAAUGAUAAAACAGAAAAUGAUAAAAAACAUUGGAGAAGGCAAAGUAUCCGAAUCAAACAAUGGUGAUACAGUUAUUGAUAUUCCACCAGACCUGUUGAUUACAGAAUUUGAGGACCCAAUCGUAGCAAUAGUUAAUUCUACAUAUCCGGAAUUUACGAGCAAUUCUUGCUUCUACAUUGGAGGAGACGUGCGUGAUUAUUUCAGUGCAAAUUCUAUUGAUAAGUCGGAAUUCCACGAUGUAACAUUGGUUGACAUCCUCACCCCAGAAUUUCUCAGUUCACUGCAAACAUCAGGAUUACCUAACCAUCAUAUAAAACUAAAGGUUGGGACACCAAUUAUGGUCAUGAGAAACAUCAACCAGUAUGAAGGCUUAUGUAAUGGAACAAGGUUGAUAAUAACAAAGUUGGGUGGUGUGAUUUAAACUAUGUGAUUUUUAUUCUGGUGGUAAAAUUACUCUUGGUUGGGUGGAGAUAGAAGUUGAGUGUUGAGCCUUUGUUGCCUUUUAUAUGUACCAGUAUGUAAACUUGUAACAGGAUCAUGGCAUGUCUUAUGCUGUGUUAUUAUUAAUAUAUUUCU